GGCAGAUUCAAGUAAAAUGGCGUUGUUCAAUGUCCGUUACGAAGGAAUGCCGUGAUCGGUUGUAUUCCCGAUCGUUGAACUGUAAAGCAUCGGAUUUUUAACAACAUAACAAAAAUGGACACACCGGAUGACAACAUGGGUGGUGCCCGGGAAGAUGGCAGUGACAAACGUUUAAAACUGAAGAGAAUCAAGAAAAAGAAGUCUAAGUUUGACCUGAACCUCUCGACAAAUAACAAGAUGUCCUUCUCAGCGAGAAUGAAUAUUACCGCAGCCAACUCGUCUGUGGUCAAGGCGUCCCUCCGGGCAAACAACAAGGCAUUGGCCCAGUCACUGGAGAAGGUUCGUCAGGACCUCCGUGUGUCGUACGAGGUGAACAACGAGAUGAAGAAGGAGUUCCAGGACCUCCAGUUGCGCCUCAUGAACCUGGAGCGAGUUGCGGGACUGAAGGACGACAGUCUGGAGAAGGAGGUCCAGCGCAGGAUGGAGGAUAAGACUCAGCAGCUGAAGUACAUCCUGAGCAAAGUGAGUGUCCAUCUCCUGGAUGCUGGCAGCUGUCUGCAGGAUGCCCUUGACAAGUGUAUGGACCCCAGUCGGCUGUCAGUGGCCUCCAGCGCCCGCAACUCCUCCCUAGGCACAUCUGAUGAUGCCUUCUCUCCCAUCAACAGCGGAGCCACAAGCUCGAUCUACUACAACCCGAACACAUUUUCACGUGUGUCAGUCACCCGACCCCAGCCCGUGGAGACCGUGGACCCCACCCCCAUGGAGGCCGACGCCCUACAGCUGCAGGGUGUGGACACUGUCCGCCAGGUGCAGGAAAUGACCAUGAUUCUGGAACAGUCUGUGCUGGCGGAGGCCAACCUCAAGGACGAGUGUCAAGACCUCCCUGCUGUUUCAGAAGAUCCAAUGAUAACUGAGACUGAAUCUGAGGAUAAAGGUCCCUCCAGCAUCUCGGAUAAACUCUCACCCAAAUUUAUCAUCGAAGAAGCCCAAAGAAACGGGCGUUCUAAAAGCAGGCAAAAGGCAGUGUCCAAUUCUAACCAAGAUUUUAUUAAGAGCGCAGAAGCGUCAAGUAUGAAGACUUCAGAGCUCAAAAGAGAUCGCCGGGGUACAUUUGUCGUUCCUGCUCCCCAGCCCCAACUAGAAGCUGCGCCUACGGAAGACAGUAGUAAACAGGAUCGAAGAGGUACAUUCGUUGUAAACAAACCUUUACUAGAAAACGAAGAAAAGCCAAAGAAGGACCCGAAGAGAGAGACAUUUGUCUUGAGCAGAAGCCCAGCAGCCCCAGCUCAGUCGAUUAAGUCCGUGAAGACGGAUCAGGAAGUAUUCAAAGUCCCUCUCCCCGUUUGUGAUCCUGACGAUGUCACUGUGUAUCUGAACAGUGAUAUGGAGCUGACAGAGGUGAUUAACAUAGAACAGAUUUCUGUGGCCAGACCAGCCGACAUUCUGCCUCCUGAAGAUGAGAAUCCUAAAUCUGAGGUAAAGGAUAAGACCAAAACUGGGAGUGGGAAACCAACACAGACCAUCGAGAAAUCAAAAUCUAAGAUUGCUAAAUCAACCUCUCUUACAUCAAUAUCAGCCAAAGAGAAGAAGGAUGUCAAAUUGUCCAAGAGUGAUUCUGAUAUUAGUAAGGAGUCGGAUGACUCCAGCAAACCUGCUGUUGUCCUUCAGCUGCGGAAACCAGGCAAGAUUGUUUUUACUGCGUCACGGAAAGAUUACGAUGGUAGCAGGAAAGCUAUUCCGUCCAAGUUGCCCUCAAGGCCGAGAACUAAAAGUAAGAAGGAGAUGAAAGAUAUGAAGGACUCCAUCGCUGCAAACUAUCCUUCACCAAAGAACAUCUUUGACUUCCAUGACAAGACACCUGUCCAUCUUGCAGAGAAGAGUAGGGUCCAGCCAUCGGUGUAUGAUAUCUCCAUAAAUGACUCGACUGUCCAGCCAUCAGUGGACAAGCCUGAAGGGAAAGAUAAUCAGAUAAAUGGAGAAACUACAAAGAAAGGUGACCCAAAAUGUGAUUCUGUAAGUGUCACUUAUAACAUGCCUUUGAAAGGGAGCCCGGAUGAGAAGAAAGUUGGGGCUAGAAGUCGAUCAAGGAGCCGGGGACCGACUUCCAGGUCAAAGAGUCGAAGUAGAAAGCCGACUUCAGAUCCUGAAGGUGAGCCUGACAACGAAGGAUCGAGAGGUCGACGUGGGAGGUCACGCAGUCGGGCCAGGAAAGAAGAUGCAGGUCAUGAAGAGAUGGAUGUUGAUGAAGGAGAUGAGAAGUGUAAUGAUAGAGGUCGGUCCAGGUCAAGAGGUCUGAUGACAAGGUCAAGGUCACAAAGUAGAAAACGACAGCCUGCUAAUGAGGAUGUUGAAAUGAGUGAUGCAAAUGGUGAAACCAUGCCAGACCAAAGGGAGGAAGGUUGUUUGGGAGAAAAGGUUCAGACAUCUGGGAAGGGGAAAGGCCAGUCAGUUUCAGAAGAUGCCAAAGAGGGUCCAGAUGAGUCAGAGGCACAGGUGUCAAAGACGGAAGCUGGAGAGGUUCUAGAAAAAGCACAUGAGAAGCCAAAGAACUCUAAGAUUGCAAAUAAUAAAACUGAAUCAACACAACCUGUUUGUGUAAUAGAUUCUUCUAAAGCGACAUUUGUAUCCUCACGAAAUGGCAGGAGCAAGAAGCGCAAACCAGAGGAUCAGACAGAAGAGUCCGCAAAAUGUAAAGAGGAUGAGAAUGACAAACAGGAAUUGGGAGACAAAAGUAGCAAGUGUUUGGCUGCAGAAUCUAAAGAUGCAGAUCCAGAGUCAAUACAACCUGUAGGCAGGGCUUCACGAGCUGCCAAGACUAAAGCCAAACAUAUCAACAAACUCCAGGCUGAUGGCUGCAGUGACGAUGAAGCUGAGUCUGUUACAGAUAGGAAGAAGAAGGCUGUGGAAUCAGAUGAUGAUUGGCAGGAUGAUGAGACAGAAAUGGACGAAAGCCUCACUAUGAUUGGUGACUUACAGCCUGUGUCAUCACGAGAUUUUAUUGCAAAACUCAGCUCGUCUAGACCUGUGGUUAAGACAUCAGAGGAGGAAGAGGAGGAUACUGUAGAAAUUCAACCAAUUAGGAAAUCCUCGAGAAGCAUAGGCAGAAGGCAGAGGUUACCGUCAGAGUCUGACGAUGAGGUGAUUCCUCCAACACAGACCAAGUCAGAUGAUGCCAAGACGAGUGUGGCCUCUGCAACAGAUGAAGAACUGGAAGAUGAUGAUGUUGGGAACAAGACCAAAGUGGUACCAGCAACAGAUGAUGAAGGCAAUAGUGAAGAGGAUGCAGUGAUGAAGAAGACAGACAAGCUUCAGAAGAAGAAAGAAACUUCGGCCCUGAAGCAACCCGAUGUUGGUCAAAAGAGUGACAUAGAAAAGGAGUCGUUGAAAAAUGAUAUCGGAGAUGAUGCUAAAAGUCGGAAUGGGAAGCCAACACAGGAAGAUGCUGCUGCAUCAGUUAGUGCACAUCAGUUACCCCUGAAGGGAAAGCCUGAACCAUCAAAGGGCAGAUCUAUGGAACUGAAGAAGGUUGAAAGACAACAGACUAAAAGUAAGAAAUAUGAUGUAAAGGAACUCCUCCAAGCAUUCACUGAAUUUGAUGAUCCUGACCACAGUUUGCGGUUAAACGCAACCUGUAGAAACGACAGUGUUGUAAUAGCAGAAUCGAUCAAGAAUUAUUCUGCUUCUGCUGAUAAGAGUGCUAAAGUCAUUGUGCCUUUGGAUGAGAUGGAAGAUCCUGGGGAGGAAGAGGAAGUUUAUCAUCUUCCUCUCAAAGGCAGCCCAAAAGAAAGUGGAAAAGGAAAAGGUCAGUCCAGGUCAAAAGGUCGUAGUCGUAGCAAGAAGAGGACUGAAUCUGAAGACUUUGAUGUCAAGCAGAACAGCAGAGAAGGAAAGAAGGACAAAAAGGAUGGAUCUAAAAAUGUUGAAAGUGGGACGUAUUCAUUACCUUUGAAAGGAAGCCCUGAUAAAACAAAGAGAAAAGAAUCCAGAUCACGGAGUAAGUCAAGGUCACGAGAAGAGAGAGGUGGUAAACGCAAGAACUAUAUUGAAGUAGAUUCUGAUGAUGAAGUACAGCCAGGAGACUCAAGCAGCAUUUCUAGUACUAAGGUUGACAAAGGUAAAAAUGUUGAAAUUGAGACAUCAUCUUUGAAAGGAAGUCCAGAGGAACCUAAGAAAAAAGACACAAAAUCUCAGAGUAGGUCCAAAGUAGAGAGAGAUUGCAGUCAACGCAAGAACUAUAUUGAAGCAGAUUCUGAUGAUGAAGAUGAAAUAGAAUUAAGAAAACCAAGCAGCAUUGAUUCUACAGCUGACAAAGCUAAACAAUUAAAGUUAAAAGAGACAAGCAAACAUUCUAAAAAUGUUCAUGAGCCUGGCAACAAGGCAGAAAGUGAGACUUAUUCAUUACCUUUUAAAGGGAGUCCAGAUAUACCAAAAAGAAAAGACUCAAGAUCUAGAAGCAAGUCACGGUCAAGAGUUGAGAAAGAUCGCAGUCAACGAAAGAAAUAUACUGAAGUAGAUUCUGAUGAUGUAAAUGAAGUAGAGUUAGAAGAAUCAAGUGGACGUUCUGGAAAGAUUGAACAACCCAGCAAUAAGUCAAGUAGUGAGACUUAUUCAUUACCUUUGAAAGGGAGUCCAGAUGUACCAAAAAAGAAGGACUCAAGAUCUCGCAGCAAGUCAAGGUCAAGAGUAGGGAGGAGUAAGGUUCAACGCAAGAAGCAUACUGAAGUAGAUUCUGAUGAUGAAGAUGAAAUACAAUUGAAAGAAUCCAACAGCAUUUCUGAUUCUAAGGUUGAUAAACCAAAGAAAAAUGUAGAAGAAAAUGGGACAUAUUCCUUGCCUUUAAAAGGAAGUCUGGAUGAAUCAAAGAAAAAGGACUCAAGAUCUCGAAGUAAGUCAAGGUCAAGAGUUGAGAAAGAUCGCAGUCAACGAAAGAAAUAUACUGAAGUAGAUUCUGAUGAUGAAGAUGAAAUACAGUUAGAAGAAUCAAGUGGACGUUCUGGAAAGAUUGAACAACCCAGCAAUAAGUCAAGUAGUGAGACUUAUUCAUUGCCUUUGAAAGGGAGUCCAGAUGUCCUAAAAAAGAAAGACUCAAGAUCUCGAAGCAAGUCACGGUCAAGAGUUGAGAAAGAUCACAGUCAACGCAAGAAGUAUACUAAAGUAGAUUCUGAUGAAGAUGAAAUACAAUUGAAAGAAUCAAGCAGCACUCCUAAUUCUAAAGUUGAUAAACAAAAGAAAAAUGUAGAAGAAAGUGGGACAUAUUCCUUGCCUUUAAAAGGAAGUCCAGAUGAAUCAAAGAAAAAGGACUCAAGGUCUCGGAGUAGGUCAAGGUCAAGAGUAGAGAGAGGUAAAGGGCAACGCAAGAAGUAUAUUGAAGCAGACUCUGAUGAUGAAGAUGAAGUACAGUUAGAAGAAUCAAGUGGACGUUCUGGAAAGAUUGAACAACCCAGCAAUAAGUCAAGUAGUGAGACUUAUUCAUUACCUUUGAAAGGGAGUCCAGAUGUACCAAAAAAGAAAGACUCAAGAUCUCGAAGCAAGUCAAGGUCAAGAGUAGAGAGGAGUAAGGUUCAACGCAAGAAGCAUACUGAAGUAGAUUCUGAUGAUGAAGAUGAAAUACAAUUGAAAGAAUCCAACAGCAUUUCUGAUUCUAAGGUUGACAAACAAACAAAAAAUGUAGAAGAAAGUGGGACAUAUUCCUUGCCUUUAAAAGGAAGUCCAGAUGUCCCAAAAAAGAAAGACUCAAGAUCCCGAAGCAAGUCACGGUCAAGAGUAGAGAAAGAUUCCAGUCAAAGUAGAAAACGUGGAGUUGACAAGGCAGCAACACCCGAAAGAAACAAUGGGAAUGACUCAAAAUCCCAUUCAAGAAGAGAAAGUCUUCAGAUCACAAUUGAUGCCGAGCCCCCAGAAGAUGGUGGUACGAGGAGUGUUAAGAAACUACAAAAAAGAAAAUCAGAUGAGGAGAUCUCUCAGAACCCGACUGAGGAGAAAACAAAUACAGAUAAGAAAACAAAUCCAUCAUCUGGAAGUAAAAAUGCCAAGUCAACAGGGAAGAAAUCAGCCAAGAAGAAGUUAGAGGUGGUAGCUGACAAACCUGCCCGCAGCAAAGAAAGCCAACAGGCUGAGCUGAAGAUUAUGUUCAACGAGCUGAAGCGCAAGUUGUCCAUGCUUCCCAACCCUGCGGAGAGGAUGUCACUCGCGGGGACGGAGAAGGAGAACGGAGAGUUGAAGAGGAAGAGAGAGUCCGAGGAAAAUGGCGAAGGAGGUAUGAAGAGGUCAUGCAGAACUGGUGCAGUCAGUUACAAGGAACCUUCAAUGAGCGCGAAGCUUCGUCGAGGGGAUCCAGGCACAUCCCACUACUGCACAAGCUCAUCACUGAAGCUGUUCAAAUCUCCCAAGGCAGCUAAAACGGGAGUCCCAAAGAAAAGAGUUAAGAAGGAAUAUGAUGAUGAAAGAGACGGUCUUGGAGUCAGCGUUCUUGACAAUAUUUCCAACACAGUGGAUAGCAGUAAUUGACAGAUCGGCAGCACUUACGUGGACCUAGCCAGUCGUUCUGCCUCACAGCGGGACUUGAAGUAGAAGCUGAUGAAUGAAACACUGUAAAACUAUCACAGAAGUGCCUGUAUACCUGGGUUACAUCUCGGAAUCUAAAUCUCCUGGAGGGUGUUCCACUAAAUUGGUAAAACGUGUGAGACCUGCAUCACUUGUGACUUUCCUCCCACGUCAAGCUGACACAUUGUGAUGUAACUGGAUACUGUUCAAAGUGGCAUUACUAGAAGGUCCCAUUCUUACUGGCUUGAUUUGUAACUCCCCCUUCAUGGAGAACUUGUCGAGAUGUCCCUGGUUGGAAUCAGACUUAUUUAUCAAAUCUUUUAGUUGUGCUUCAAUCUCAUUAAAAUCAUAUCUUAGUUCUCGCUAUCGCUAUGUUAUAAGCAAAGAUCUGAGGACAUCCCAUUGCGUGUCAUGUCAAAACAACCUUUCAUCUGACCAAUCAGAACAUCGCUUAUCAGAUCAUAAAAGUGACAGUUGGAAUGUGAUUUUGGAUCGUGAAACCUCGAUAAAAACACAGAGUAUUCCGAAUGACAGUUAUGGGUUUUAUGUCUGUAUUCAUACAAUCAAGGCCAUCUAUUUGCCCUUCCAGAAUGUUCGUUUGUUCAGUUUUUAAUUUUUAAAUAGAGUACAUGUCAAAAUAUGUUUCGAAGUGUAGUUGCCAGUUAGAAACCCGUGCCGUAAAGCUCAAUUAAGCUGCCUUCUGAUUGGCUAUUGUCAACUUCUUGUUAGUCAUUCCACUGGUCAGUCAAAGGUCGCAAAACUUCGGUCUGACUUGUCCCGAAAUGGGAUGUCCUCAGAUCUUUGUUUUGAGUUAUAAGAACAAGAUCUGAUUUUAAUGAGAUUGAGUUGUGCUUCUUUCUGCUGGUGAGGUUACUGUUGUUAAUGAACUUCUGAUUCAUCCAUCCUAACAUGUGACCGUGAUCUAUUAAUAGUGCUCAUGUUUUGCCUAGGGGAGUAUCUACAAGAGUAUGUACAGUACUAUUUAACCCUACGUAGUGAUUCUUUUAUAUCUUUGAGCCCUUAUUUAUCAUUUUAUUUGAAAUUGAUUUUUUACCACUUCUCCAAAACUGAAAGGAUGAACACGAAACUUUAGGAGGAGGAUUAUCAUGAAUACAGAGUUCUUGAAUCCAACAAUACAGAAACCGGGGUAUAAUAGGUCUUCAUUAACCCAUGCUUGCUGUAAAAGGCGACUAUGUUUGUCUUAAGAGGCGACUAACGGGAUCGGCUGGUCAGGCUUGCUGACUUGGUUAAUUCAUGUCAUCGUAUCCCAAAGGCGUGGAUCGAUGCUGAUGAUGUGAUUCACUGGAUUGUCUGGUCCAGACUCGAUUAUUUACAGACCACCAUCAUAUGGCCGGAAAAUUGCUGAAUGAAUCGUUAAACAACAAACAAACA